AUGAGAUGCCAGGACUGCGGGCAGCAGUUCACCCGCUUGGAGGCCUUCAAGGUGCACCUGCGCAUGCACGUGGAGGAGGCAGCGGAGAAGGAGCGCAGGGCCGGGAAGCGCCCUCUUCAGACCAAAAACGAGGCAGAAGAGUGUGAACGGAGCACUAAGGACAACAAAGACGGCGGCAGAGGGCCUGAAGACGAGGAGGAUUUUUUCGGGAGCAGCUUUGCGCUGAAGCCGUCUGACGUCUUCCGUGUCCGGCCCCGCAAGGCCAUGCUUUCGCAGGAUGAGAAGCCGGUCUACAACGCCAACAGCCGCGUCUACCCCUGCACGAUCUGCGGCAACAUCUACUCCUACCUGGAGUCCUUCAAGAACCACCAGAAGACCCACGAGACGGACAGCACCUCAAAGCCCAAGGAGAAGGCCUUCAAGUGCCCGGACUGUGGGAAGAUCUUCCAUCGUGCCAUCAGCCUCUCCCUGCACAUGACGCUGAGUCACAAAACGUCAAGAGAAGAACAGAACAAGCCUGUAGAGCUCUACUGCGAGCAGUGCAACAAGACGUUCUCCUGCAAGACCACGUGGGCCAAUCACAUGGAGCACCACAAGAAGAGGCCCCACUGGUGCCUGGCCUGCGCCAAGGGCUUCAAGGACGUCAACGCCCUGGACAGGCAUCUCUAUCGCCACGAACAGAGACAAAUCAAGUGUCACGCCUGCUUCAAGUCCUUCAGGCUGCCGGCCGAGCUCAAGUCCCACUACUCCACCGCGCACAACAGGUGCCAAAAGCCCUACAGGUGCCACUACUGCAGCCGGAGGUUCUCCCAUCUGGGUGACCUGAUCACACACCGCAAGAAACACGACAGCAAGGUGGGCGUUGACGACAUGCUGAACGCGGCGGCGAAGCCGGCCAGCGUGAGGGGAGGAGGCGCUGCCUUGGGACCACAAAAGAUCGGUGUUGUGAGGACUCUCGUGAUCGGUAGCCAAGGCGGCGUGGUCGGUGAUGCGCAUCAGCGACGUCCCUUGCCUGACUUUAACGCCCAACCCAGAGAAGAAAAGGUGGAGGACCUUUUGAAGUCGGAGGGAGCCAAAGUGCGCCCCCUGCCUUAUAAGUAUGGCACUGCAGCAAAGAUGCAUGGCCAAACAAGUGUCAGCACUGAGAGGCAGAAUGCUGGUUCACAUUCCUCUAAAAGCUCUGACAAGAGUGCUGAUUGGUCCAGGCAGAGGGAAGAGGACGUGCAGAUCACAGGAUACAGAGCACCCGUGCAGCAGACUCCAAGAAGAGAUGUCCAACCACAGGAGGAAGAGGAGGAGGAAGUGGUGCUUGUUAAAGCACUGGCACCUCAAGUGCAGCCCCAGCAGCAGGAAGGGCCGUUGAGGUGCUUCAUAUGUGUCAGCUCUUUCUUCCAGGAGGCAGAUCUUCACCUACACUACAUGAAACACGCCAGUGGUGAGCUGUGA